GCCCUCCCUGCCGCCGCCGGCGCCCGCAGCCCCUGGCCGGACUUGGCUCUCCUCCUCCAUCUGCCCUCGGCGCUGCCGCCCUGCCCGCCCUGCCCGCCGCGUCCGGCCGGGCCGGGGCAGCCGGGCCGGGGCUCGGGGCGAUGAGCCGGGAGCGGAGCGCAGCGGCAGCCGCGGUGUAGGGCUCCUUUCCCGGGCGGGAGCGGGACCGUCCCGGCGGCUCCUCGGGGCGCGGGGAGAGCCCCGGGCCGGCCGGGCGGUGUCUGCCCCGGAGCCAGGGGAGCGGGGCUGGCGGCCGGCGGGACAGCGGGGGCGUCCCCCGAUGUGUGACAUGAUCGACUCGCAGUCCGCCGAGAAGAUCAGCAGGAUGAAAAAGUUGCGGAGAACUUUAUCGGAGAGCUUCGGCCGAAUAGCCUUGAAGAAGGAAGAUAGCAGCUUUGAUGAGAUAUGUGUCACAAAGAUGUCUACACGGAACUGCCAGGGAAUGGAUUCAGUGAUCAAACCUCUGGAUACAAUUCCUGAGGAUAAAAAAGUUCGGGUUCAGAGGACACAGAGUAGUUUUGAUCCAUUUGAGAAGCCAGCUAAUCAAGUGAAGAGGGUUCAUUCAGAGAACAACGCUUGCAUCAACUUCAAAACUUCAUCUGCAGGGAAGGAAUCACCUAAAGUCAGGCGGCACUCCAGCCCCAGCUCUCCUACAAGCCCUAAAUUUGGAAAAGCAGACUCAUAUGAAAAACUGGAAAAACUAGGGGAAGGGUCCUACGCUACAGUAUACAAAGGAAAAAGCAAGGUAAAUGGAAAGCUGGUGGCAUUGAAGGUGAUUAGAUUACAAGAAGAGGAAGGAACCCCAUUUACUGCUAUCAGGGAAGCUUCUCUUUUGAAAGGAUUGAAACAUGCAAACAUUGUGCUGCUUCAUGACAUCAUUCACACCAAGGAGACCUUGACACUUGUGUUUGAAUAUGUGCACACUGAUUUAUGUCAGUACAUGGACAAACACCCCGGAGGGCUUCAUCCAGAGAAUGUGAAGUUAUUUUUAUUUCAGUUGCUGCGAGGACUGUCUUACAUCCACCAGCGUUACAUUUUGCACAGGGACCUGAAACCACAGAACCUUCUGAUCAGUGACACGGGGGAGUUAAAGCUGGCAGACUUUGGUCUUGCAAGAGCUAAAUCAGUUCCUAGUCAUACAUAUUCCAAUGAAGUGGUCACCCUAUGGUACAGGCCUCCAGAUGUCCUUCUGGGAUCAACAGAAUAUUCCACCUGCCUUGACAUGUGGGGCGUGGGUUGUAUCUUUGUAGAAAUGAUUCAAGGGGUCGCUGCUUUUCCAGGAAUGAAAGACAUUCAAGAUCAACUUGAAAGGAUAUUUCUGGUACUUGGAACACCAAACGAAGAUACGUGGCCUGGAGUCCACUCUUUACCCCAUUUCAAACCAGAACGGUUUACACAGUAUGGCCCUAAAAACCUUAGACAAGCAUGGAAUAAGCUGAGCUGUGUGAACCAUGCAGAAGAUCUAGCUUCCAAACUACUCCAGUGUUUCCCAAAGAACAGAUUGUCAGCACAGGCAGCUCUGAGCCAUGAGUACUUCAGUGAUCUGCCCCCACGGCUAUGGGAGUUAACUGAUAUGUCUUCUAUUUUUACUGUACCGAAUGUAAGAUUACAGCCAGAGACUGGAGAAAGCAUGAGAGCCUUUGGAAAAAACAAUAGUUAUGGCAAAGGUGUAUCAAACAGCAAACAUUGAAGAAUACCUACGUUCACAACUGAUAAUGCAGGAUUAAAUUUACCAGGUUGGAGGAGGGAAACAAAAACCUAAUGAGGAGGCUGACACCAGGAAGGAACCACGGCCUGUUUCCUUUCUGUCUCUAUGGUGGAUUUCAUUCAAAAGAAAAUUGAAGCUGGCAAGACCCUGUUUUUCCCUGCAAUUUAUUUAAAACCUUGCACGCAUUUGGAUACCUUGUGAUUUCAGAGAACUAUGUGAAGAUUAAGCUUUUGCUUACUGAUACAUGGCAUGUACUCUUUCAGUCUUUUGUGUUUGAUUUUGUUUGAUUUUCCACUGCAGUGCUGCAUCUUUGUAAGGAUCUUUAUGCUUUCACCAGCAAUGUCUUAAAUACUUUCAGACAACACAUUUGGUGUUCACACUUCUCCAGUAACAACUGUACAAAAAGAGCCAACAGUGGCAUAAAAGACUGUGUGUUUUCUUUGAGGGUUGUGCAUAGUUUGCAACCAAUGGGAAGACUAUUUCUUCCCAGGACAAGCCCAGCUUGUCCGAUCAGCUGACAAUUACAACACUUGCCACUCUUCCUCGGGUGUUGUUGGGUUAUUUCUUUUUUCAUUAUCCCCUCAGACCAUUCAUAUCCAUUUAAAAACAUGGCAAUAAUUGCAUGUUUACUUAAGUACUCUAAAUUUGGUUACUAUGCUUAGGCUAUGUAGCAUGCCAGUUUUCAAAAUAGGUCUGUGAGAAAGACAAAGCAAAAAGGACGAGAUGUAUGCAGCUGACAGAUACACAGUGAGUUCCUUAUGGUUUUAUUCUCUUCAAGACUAUAUCUUUCUUUUUUUAUAGGUCUUGGCUAACAUCUCUAUGUUUUUCCUCACACUAGUUACUUUUUGGAUUUUUUUUUUUUAAAUCAGAUGACGAAACUGUUCUGUUUAAUUCAAGGCAGACACUGAGGUACAGAAAAACUUCAUUUGAGCGAGCCAUUUAAUCUAGCUGUGUUACUCUGCCAUGUACAAAGCAAGGUGGAGAAUUCUCCUCAUCCCAGACCGUUUAUGUUCCACACCAAAGCACCUUUUGAGUUAUUUUCCAUAGGUAUUCUGAGCUGAUUGGAAGGCACUAUAUGAUCCUUAGUCUUUAGAUAGCUUUUCUGAAUGAAUCAUUCAAAUGCAAACUUUGCAAGAAACUAAGUUGUGUGUGUGACUUUAGAAAAGGAAGCCCCUGCUACAUUUUGGUUGGGGAGAGCAUUGUGUUCAGGGGUGUGGAAAAACUGCCCUGUUUACAACUUUGAGUUCAGAGAGGGCAAGGUAUGGUGCAAAAAUCACUGUUGAGUUAUAGUCCUGCUCGGACAGAAGCACUUGCUAGGCAAUAUUAUUCUACACAUAAUUUUGACAUCCUUUGCUUGCUGGAUGCAUUGAAUUACAUUUUAAGGAAGUGUGGUAAUGCUUUGGUUAGCUUUCAGUGUUUGAAAGGAGGGGAAAAGGAUUUGUGUAACUGCCAUCUUAUUAAACUCCAGCAGUGUUUAAUAAGAAAAAGACACCAAAUAAGGCAAAUCCUUGAAUGCACAAGCAGCUACAAAAGGUCUCUUAAUGAACUAGGACAGGAGUCUACACUUUCAAAGAACUGAACCAUGGAAAUAUUCUCAAUAUUUGCACAGCCAUUAAAAGACAAUUUUCCCCACUGACAUCUCUGUUUCAGGAUCUGCUAAAAGCCAUCUGAAAGCCACUUUCAGUCACAAUCAUAUUUAGAACUUACUACAGUUCUUCCCCUGUGUUUAUAGGGGGAAAAGAGACCACUGAAUUUUUGAAUUUAUCACACACUGAAACUGCCUUAGAUGUGGUUUGUUUGGGUUUCAUGUUUCCUUUUUUUUGUAAAGAGAAAAGCCUUUUAUACAUUAUCUUUGCUACUUAAAUUGUGUGCAGUUUGAUGAUUAAAAUUAGCUAUUUUUAGAAAAAAAAAACUUGCUGCAAAAUCUGAAGAAUUUUUGAAAACGUAACGAAGAUUUUGAUUAGGAAUAUAAGGGUAGUUUCAUAGAUGCUUCUACUUGACAGCUUAAAUUUGAAGGCAAGCAAUUACACUGCUCAACUAACAUCUGAAGGUUUAAUAUAGAGUAAUUCCCCAAUUGUUCCCACAAGCCUGGCACAUUACUAUCCAUAGUGACUCAUGUACAGUGUUUGCUUAAGGUAUGUGUGUCUGUGCAUGUGUGUGAACACACGUGCACAUGAGAUUAUCCCCUCUGCCCCAUUCCCACUUUUAAGCAACCACUGAAAUAAAGUUGAUCCAAAAAUCUUCAAACUCAAUUAACUGCCUGAAUGAAAGUUCAUAAAUAUCUAGAUUUCUAAAUAGCAAUGUAAUCUUUAGUACUAAUCUUUAGCAGUAACUUUAGCAGAAGUUAUCUCACCUACUGAUCUUUAAGGAGUGACCAGGGUCUCUUACUUCUGCACCUUCUUUCCAGGCACCCUGACUGCCUGUGGUGGCUUGGUUUUGCUGCUCUCCCAUGGAGGCUCUGGGCCCUGGGGACAUUCUCCUGGCAUGAAGGCAACCCAGGCUCAGCAGGAUGAUGCUUUUCACAUGAGCACUGCAAUUUAAUCUUCUGUAACAUUAUAUCUGCUGGGAAAUAUCAAGAGUUUUUUCUGAAACAGUAGAAGCUCCUUUGCCCAGGGAACUAACAGUUGACACUACAGCCUUAUUUCACUCUUCACCCUUCCAGCAGAGCCCAUACCUGCAUUAUUAGCCUGACACCCAUCAGACAGCUGCCCACCUCUCCAGCUGUUUUCACUACAGCUCUUCUCAGUCUUGCAGAAUGGACUGUUUAAACCCUAUCAAUGCUCUUGAGACAGCUUCAGCAAAGACCAGUAGUGUUACUCUCUUUUUCACUCAUCCUUCUGAAAUCAGUUCCCCAAAGAAUCUUCAAAGACACAAGAAGUAGCCCAGCCUUCCAGAUGUGGGUGCCUGGAACAUGAUGUUUCACAUUGUCAUGUAGUUGAAGUAAAAGUUGGCUUCAGUGGCCAAUAGUCUUUGGGGAACAGUCCUGGAGAAACUGUGGGGUUUGCUCAGAGUGAGUAGCCAGCAGCAGCUUAACUUGCAUUUUCCUACCACUUGGCUGAGAUCCAGUAGAUCUGUCCUGGUGAUACUUGAGAGGAUGUGGCUUUACUGCAAGAUGGGAGAGCAGCAACAGGGCAGCAGGAAUACCCUGCAGAUAAAAGUGGGAGGGCAUGUUCCAACUCUCUAUGGGAUCUAAUAUUAAGAAUGGGGAAGGGAAGAUGGUGAUAGAUAUGGUCUGCAUGAUACAGAGAGUCCCUACAAGUUUCAGUUCACAGAACCUAAAUUUACAAGUCAACAGGCUGGAGAUUGCUCAGUCUUCUUUCAUGCUGGGUUCAGUUCAACUCAAAUCCACACCCAGCAGGCACCACCCCAGACAGGACACUCCAAUAGUUCUGACAUUACAUUAUUGUAUGGAGUCCUACAUCAGUUGGGUCCUUUUAAUUCUCACUCUUACUUUUAAUCAGAACCAAGGACAAGUCAUCAGUACAACAGUGAAAAUUCAAUCUGCAGUAGACAGAGGCACAGGGGAUUUUGCUUUCUCUUUGGUGCAUAGGGGUUCUGCACUUCAGACUCCUGAGAAGAGAAGGUAAAAUAAUUAAAUAUAUACCCUGUGGGUUGGUGGAUUAUGUACACCCCAUGUCAGUGCACACAACCAAAUGUGUAGCCAAUGCUCAAUAUAUUAAUAUACAAAAAGAUGAAUAUACAGAAUAUUCAUCUGUGAAUAUUACUGGGUUUGUAAUCUUUGUUAUAUAAAAGGUUUAGGCUGUACAGACUAAGGAGCAAAAUGCAGACACCCCCUAUAAACAGAAGUAGGUUGCAUUACUGAGCAUAACAAUACUCUCCCCUACCAGCAUUAGGAGGAGUGACUGUACGUUACUGCCUUGCAUUUUUCACAUAAGCAAAAAAUCUAAAAGUAAAGGAUGCACUAAUAAUUCCCAUCCCCCCAAAAUGCAUUUCCAUGGUGCUGCAUACAAAAUUCCUGCUUGCCAGCUUCCAUGCGGAUUUUUGUAUGGUGCACUAAGAGGUAUUCUUUUUUUUAACAAAUAAAAAAGGGGAGGGCUGGUACAUGAAAACAAUGUUAAUGUAAUUAAAUAUAUAUAUACUUCAGAAGAACAGCAUCGUAAACAGUACAGUAAAAUAAAUGUCGCAUUAUUUGUUACACCUUGUAAUUUGUCUGUAUUAUGAAAGAUGUAAUGGUUUGUCAGCUGUAACUGUUGUUUUCUUGUAACAUCAUAUUGAAUAAAGUGUAGCAGAAUCUCUCUUC